AUGGGUCGGGGUCUCACCAGGUGUGGGGAGGGGUCUCACCUGCAGGGGUCGGGGUCUCACCAGGUGUCCCCCCCCAGGUUCCGCAGCUCCCUCAGGGAAUCCCUCGGGCCGGAGGCGGCGGCGGCCGAGUUCACCUGGGCCUGCGGGGGGGGCGUCAGGUUUUUGGGGCAGCAGCGCUGGAUCGGCCCCGGGAGCCGCUCGGAGCUGCCCCGGCUGCGGCACCUGCCCGUGGUGGGCAUCGACCUGAGCGGGACCCCCGUCACCUACGGGGGGCUGGACAACCUGGUGUCCCUGUCCCAGCUGUCACACCUGGAGCUGUCCGGUUGUCCCCACGUGUCCGACUGGCUCCUGGCUCGGCUCCACGUCUUCGAGGCCACCCUGGAGCACCUGGGGCUGGCCCGGUGUCCCCAGGUGAGCGAGAGGGGCCUGGCCACGCUGCACCACCUCAGGCGGCUGCGCUCUCUGGACCUGUCGGGGUUGGUGGUUCCGAGCCCGGGGCGGCUCCGGGCGCUGCUGGAGGCGGCGCUGCCCAACUGCCGGAUCCUGGGCAUGGAGUGACCCCGGGGAUCUGCUCGGGAUCCGCCCGGGAUCCUCUGGGAUCUGGGAUCUGCCCGGGAUCUGGGAUCCACCCUGAACCAACCCCUGAUCCACCUGGGAUACACCUGGGAUCCGCCUGGGAUCC